UGUUUAUUGAAGAUUAUUGAUCAAUAAAUCAUCUUAAUUAAGGAUUUUAAUAUUAAAUUUAAACUUUGAGACUUAAAAUUGCCAAAAAUAAACAUGCAAAAAAGAAGAAUUGUCAAAGGAAGUUCAACAUAUAGAAGUAAAAUUCGAAAGACAAUAAAAACUGAUCAGGAAGUCAACAAUAAUCUACACUUCAACCUCCCAUACCUUCCAGUCGAAAUAAUCACAAACAUCAUCACAAACCUAACGGACACCAAUGACAUCAAAAACUGCAUGCUUCUCUCAAAAGAUGUCAAUAGCUUCAUAUUCAGAACACCAAAAAUCAUCAACAAAUUCAAAUUCAACCUUGACUGCAUUGAAGAUCCAGAAGCAACCUACAAUUUUAUGAGAUUUAAAGGCAGACAUGUCAAGUCAAUGACAAUAACUUACGAUUUAAAUAGUUAUGGAAUCUGGAGGAUGUAUCUCAUUGCAGCACCAAAAUUAGAGGAACUUGUGCUGACUAAUAAAGACAGUCGAGUGCUUCCAGAGUUAGUUCAAGACUGGAUGACACUUUGGAUGCCAUUGUGGCAUGCAAUUCCACUUUCAGGAUUAAAAAGUUUAAAAAUUGAACUAAGGGACUUGCAAUACUUUAUCAGGUUUACGAAGGAAGUAAAAACAUUGGAGAAAUUGUCAAUUUUUAUCUCAACAUCGACUGAUCAAAGCUUCAUGACUGAAUUCAUCCUGCAGCAAGACAAUUUAAAGGAACUAAACAUAACAGUGGCUGUAAUGGGACCAGAUGUCAAGUUCCCAACCCGAGACAUCACAAAAGACAUCAAAUUUAAGCUGAAAACCCUCAAAAUCCUUUCAAACCGCAAAAGAAUCAGCAAUUUGCAGCUAGAUCGAUUCCUAGUGACACAAGCUAAUAGUUUAGAGGAGCUUGAGUUUGACUCGUCGCCAUCGGACCGAACCUUAGUCUCAAUAUUCUAUAGAUUUAAAAAUUUAAAGAAAUUUAGGCUGCAAACUGAUUCGACGUCAAUGAUGAUCAGGAAUGCUCGAUUCUUUAUGAGAAAGUUGAAGGUUGUGACUGACUUUGAGGACAUGAAUACGUCUGGUGUAAGCUUAACUAAUGUUUUUCAUGUCCUUCCUAAUUUAGUCACACUGAAGUGCAUUUACUUGAAUAAUUCUGCUGGAUGCUUCACGACUCUUAAUGACUUGGAUGUCAAUAACCUCAAAAUAUCUAACCUCAAACAUGUGAGGAUGGACAAUUUAAAGAAAUUGACAGUUAAGAAGCUUAUGGAAGUUAAUGAUGAGGUCGCUUGGCUGAAAUUCGUUGAAACUGUUGGAAGUAUCGAUACUUUAGCGAUCAAAGGAAUUGAGAAUAUUGAGAAUCUGCCGAUUGUACUUAACAAUUUGAAGUCGUUUAAAAAGCUACAAAAAUUCAGUUUUCUACACAAUCCGGGUAUUGGCAGGGAGGACAUCAUGAACUUCAACGAGACAAUUCCAGCUGGAUAUAAAUUCUAUGAGAUUGAGAUUGACAUUAAUGAAAAGACUGUCAAAAUUAGCUCACAUAUUAUUGGAAAGUGCAAGGAGAUCCUGGAUAUUUUAGUUAAAAGUUAUGAAGGAUUUGAGUUUUUUGAGAUUUGUGUGGAAGGUGAGGCAGGGCAUUGAUCGUUAGGUUGAGAAAGCUUAUUGACAACUAUAUGAGCAAAGACUCAAAUGUGUUGGUAAUCAGACCUGGCUGAAGGAAUCGAUAUAUAGAAACAGUUUACGAGGAAUCCUAACAGCGGCACAGAACUCUCGUGUGUCCUCGCCAUUGAAGACAGAUGAAACAAAACAAGCUCAAAAAUUGGAUAAAAUCUGAAAACAUAAAUAAAAUUGGAAAC